AACUGCGCUUGCGCCUCUCCUUCCGUCUUUACGGCCUCGCUGUGUGGAUCACGUGUCCGGAUGUAGCUCCGGUUGUAUCUGCUUCUGUUUUGUGACAGAAAAGAGAAGAAGAAGCGCUCCGAGUUGUGGACUUCUAGUCCGGCUGGUAGUGACGGGCGGCCCGGGCGGAGUGAUCCGGUGGAUCGGCUGAAACAUGGGCCUCCUGGCGAGGGCUCGGAAGGAGUGGUUCAUCAUCGGGAUAGUGCUGGUCAUCUUAGCGGCAAAACUGGAGCCCAGCGUCGGCGUCAGAGGAGGGCCGUUAAAACCAGAGAUCACGAUCGCCUACGUUGCCGUCUCGCUCAUUUUCUUCAACAGCGGCCUGUCGCUGAAAACCGAGGAGCUGACCAGCGCGCUGCUUCACUUCCGGCUGCACCUCUUCGUCCAGUCCUUCACCCUCGUCUUCUUCCCUCUGGUCGUCUGGCUGCUGCUCAAAGUGCUCGCACUCACCGCCAUCAACCAAUGGCUGCUCAGAGGCUUACAGACGGUGAGCUGCAUGCCCCCUCCGGUCUCUUCGGCGGUUAUUCUCACCAAGGCUGUCGGAGGCAACGAGGCUGCUGCCAUCUUCAACUCAGCGUUUGGAAGCUUCCUGGGAAUCGUAGUGACUCCAGUGCUGCUGCUGCUGUUUCUCGGCUCCUCGUCCUCCGUUCCCUUCGUCUCCAUCUUCUCUCAGCUCUUCAUGACUGUGGUGGUCCCUCUGAUCCUGGGUCAGGUGUGUCGUGGUUUCUUCAGGGAACAUCUGGAGCGGAGAAAGCUUCCGUUCGGCGCCGUCAGCAGCACCGUCCUCCUCAUGAUCAUCUACACCACCUUCUGUGACACCUUCAGUAACCCCAACAUAGAGCUGGACCCCAUCAGCCUGCUGCUGGUCGUCCUCAUCAUUUUCUUCAUCCAGCUCAGCUUCAUGCUGCUCACGUUUGCCUUUUCUACGAGGUCGGGUUCAGGAUUCAGUCCUGCAGACACUGUGGCCAUCGUGUUCUGCUCCACACACAAGUCUCUCACCCUGGGUAUCCCCAUGUUGAAGAUAGUGUUUGAGGGCUAUGAGCAUCUCUCUCUGAUCUCGGUUCCUCUGCUGAUCUACCAUCCGUCUCAGAUCCUCCUCGGCUCCGUCCUCGUGCCGACCAUCCGGAGCUGGAUGACCAGCCGGCAGAAGUCUAGUGUGUUGUUGCGAUAGGGCCGCAUUCCAACACUACUGAGCGAUGAAGCUGUCAACUCUUCAGCCCAUCUGAGGAAGAUGAGUUUUGACCUCGGCGGAGGGAUACGGUGAAACGUGCCUUAUCACAAACAAUCAACAGAGACCUCAGCGCGGCGGAGGGCAACGCCGUGCACCUGCCGCCUCGAUAUUCUCAGUUUCUAUGACAACAAAAAAACUUAUAUUUCAUAUUUCCAUCAUAAACAUUCUUUUAUAUUUAAAAGAAAAUAAUAACUUAUAUUUUUAUAUGAAAUACCUGCAAAAAAGAGGAUAUCUGCUUGUAUUUUCAAAGACAAAUGGAACGUUUGGUUUGAACAGCCGCUCCCAGCAGGAACAGGAAGGGGCGGAGUUACUGGGACCAGUCUUUUAUUUUAUGUUUUUAUUUCUUUUGUUAUUUUCUAUCUUUUUUUCUACAGUUAUCUUUGUCCGAGCUGUCACUGCCAGAAAAUGAGGACGUGUUACAUUUAUGAUUUGAUAGAAACAAACUAAUGCGUUUAAUAUACAGAAUAAGAAUGACGUCAGUUUCUGAUUCUUUCUCAAAUAUUACGCUCGUUGUUUCACAUACGUUUGUACGCAGAUGAUACCGUAUUCUAUCUGAGUGAUGUGGUGGGGAUCACGUCACUUUCCAUUGUCAUAUUGAACACCGACCCAAAUCUCAGAAUGACCAUGCUAACAUGCUAAUGUUUAGCUGGUAUAACCAUGGUCACCAUCUUUGAGUUAGCAUGCUAACAUUUGCUAAUCAGCACGAUACACAAAGUACAGCUGAGGCUCGUAUGAAUGUAAUAAAACAAAGUAUUGAAUACAAGUCUUGACCAAAUGAUGGCGCUGGAUGAAAAGUCAGAGGACCACCAAAGUAAUUGGGCUUCAUCAUCUGGGCACCAUGAAUGUUUGUACCAAAUCUCAUGGCGAUCCACCCAACAGCUGUCUGGACCAAAGUGGUGGACUCGACACUAACCAUUUAUCCCAUUCAGAGAGAUGACAGUGAAUGUAUCAUCAUCACAACCAAUCAGAACUGGAGCUGCAACAUGUGACAUCCACUCAAACAAGGAUACAAGUAUUUUUAGUCAAUGUUAGCGGCUUUGUGAUGCGACCAAACGGACAUUAACCUGUGGAAAAUGUACAACACAAGGGCUUUGCUAAGGGGCACUUAGGCAGUAUUUCUGUUACUUGUUUGCUGGUGUCACUACCAAGCCUUACAACCCUCUGGUGUUUUUAUGUCAAUUCUGAUUCCUGCGGGACCUUCUGAUUGAUAUGUUUGUGAACACCUGAUUGUGUUUCUGUUGUAGCACUUGUUAGCAUUAGCAUGCUAAAUCAGUCUACUGGAUAGUAGCACCACGACCAAAUUAUUUAAAAAAAACGUUGGCCGUGGUUGUUCAGAGGGGGGUUUUGCAGAUCCUCUAAAUUCAAUCGCUCUGUCUGGCUAUUGGGUCAUCGAACAUGAGAUGAUGAAAGACGCCUCGAGUGUAUCGUCGUAGCCUCG